AAAAAAUUGUCCCAAUAAACAUACCCUGCCACUCCAAUCUGUAACAACUUCUUGGGCGCUUAACAACUUCAUGGGCGCUUAGCAAUUUUGCCAUGCUUGACCGCUCGCUCAGCCUCACCAGGCAGUCUCACAUCAGCGGCAAUUCCAUCUUCACCGUUUAUACUCUCACGACCGUAUUCUCCCGCCCUGCGUUUGUCCUAUUUCUUAAACUCAAACUUUACUCUUAUUCUUUCGUCCUCGUGACGCGCCAAGUACAAUGUCCGUCGUUCCCUCCGCUCUGGGAUCAGUGCUAGGCUACCUCGGCGCUGAAGUGGCUGAGAAAUCCGUCUUCGAGCGGCUCCUUUGGCCUCAGAGGUUCUACAAUUACAUGGAUGCGACAGUAUUCUUCAAACUGGCAUUUCUCUUCCCAACCAGUGGCCCGUUGCAUCGAGCCGCUCUGGAAGUGCUGGACAAAUUCCGAGACAACGGCUUGUACAGAGGGAAGCAGGGAGGUGAAAUGUUAGGCACCGCAUUCUUUCACGACAUGGACGAGGCUGUGUACUUCCAUCGCACUGCAACAUCUAUCGACGAGCAACAACAUCCUUAUUAUGUGCGCAACGGGCUCUGGGUAGAAGUCUUAAGGGGUAUCCGACCUGUUGCUAGUGAACGGCGACCAGGAGUCAAGGCUCGAGCGAUACAAUUCAUAUAUCGCCUCCACCUGCAAUUUCAGCUUGAUCCUUCAGAGAAUUCGAAUGUCGUUGAGGAGCAUGCAAUCACGAUUUGGACUAUAGCCGGCAUCUUUUGCAGCGAGCUGUCGUCAAUCAUUCUUGCUAUCACUGCCGGAAUCAUUUAUCGACCCAGCACGCACAUAAUUCCAACAUGGAACUUGUGGAUUGUGGGAUUUUUCUGCAUCCCCUUGUUUCUCAAACUGGUUGCCAUGGUCUUCACAGUGCGACGUGAGAAGCUUAGGUUUAAGCACCCUGUCGGUCAUACUCCUGAUGGUGACACUCAAACUCCGGAGAGCGAAAUUGGUCUGGAGCCUGUCGCGGUGAAGGAUCAGGCAACGAUUCAAAAACCUCCACAAUCUCCGGAGCCACCGAAUCAUACCGAGGUCUUCGAGGUUGUGCGUCCGUCUACUGGGUUUAUGCUCAUUACUGUCGACGCUCCUUCUUCAGAUCUAGUAGGACAAUUCUUCAGGCACUACGGGCAUCCAAUUCGAUCAUCGCAGUAUGACAGGGCCAAAGAAAUUAUCAGUAUAAUACUCACGUACUGCUUCGUGCUAUAUUUCCCAAUCGGCUUGCUCUUACUGUCCUGGAUGAGCGAUCCAAUGCAGUACUUUUGGCUGGGCCAGCAGCUCUACUGCGUAUUGGCUCUGCACAUCAUACGUCUUUUUGGCUGGGAAGGGUGUGGAAGAACUGAAGACAAGAUUGCUAAAAUGCUGAGCAGAGGCCAAAAGGUUUGUCUUCGGGGAGAGAAUGGAUGUGUCGAGGCGACUCUUGAAAUAGAAGAGGCUGAAUCGGUAGCAUUGGCGAGGACCGCAGUGAGAAACUUUGUAUCUGAACACACAAAUCCUGAACCUAAGCCACAGUUGGCCGAGGCUCAGAGUUAGAUAUUGGUUGUAAAUACUUCUAAUAGAAACUGUC